AAAUGCUCCAACUGUUGGUGUUUCCCGAGAGGGGAAAACCAAAGCUCGGGAUCAGGAUUACCCCCCUUUAAGUCAAUCCCAGGGAAUCCGCAAUCUUUCCACGAUGACGAAGUUUUCUCAGUGCUUUCUUAGCUAGCACAGAGAGCUGGCAAGCGCAAGCCCCGCACGGGGGGAUGUUACUAGAUUAAACCCAGCGGCACAAUAGGCAGGGCAAAGUCCCACACCUUCCUAUCGCUGCCACCGACCGGAUCCCCGCAGCUGGGCUGGGAUCGCUUGUCCUGUGCUGAAUGCAUUACGUAAGGCAGGGAUCGUUUGUCAGCCGCGAUGGUACAAACAUAGCUGCAGGCAGAUUAUGCAGAGAGAGAGAGAGAGGAGGGAGAGGGAGGAAGGUCUCUCCCUCCAGGAACGGUGCUCCACGCAACUGAGGAUUGCAAGUUGGCAGGUUGGCGGCUGGCCGAGCUUCCGUGAGGGUGUCGCUGGCGAUCCCUGACAUGCUCUUGUUCGUGUGGGAUGCUUGAGACAGGGAUGAGAGACUAAGUUGGGGCACGAGGAUCGGCAUGCAGAUUGGACCAAAAUGGAAGGGCUUCUGUCUCCGAUGAGAACGAAGAUGACGGAGGGCCGCAGAUGCCAAGUGCACCUCCUCGAUGACAGGAAGCUGGAACUCCUCGUUCAGCCAAAGCUUUUGGCCAAGGAGUUGCUUGACUUGGUGGCAUCUCAUUUCAACCUGAAGGAGAAGGAGUACUUUGGAAUUGCAUUCACAGAUGAAACGGGACACUUGAACUGGCUCCAGCUGGACCGCCGGGUGCUGGAACAUGACUUCCCCAAGAAGUCGGGACCGGUUGUUUUGUACUUUUGUGUCAGGUUCUACAUUGAAAGCAUCUCCUAUCUAAAGGACAAUGCCACCAUUGAGCUGUUUUUCUUGAAUGCCAAGUCCUGCAUCUACAAGGAGCUCAUUGAGGUUGACAGUGAAGUGGUGUUUGAACUGGCUGCAUACAUCUUGCAGGAGGCAAAGGGAGAUUUUUCAAGCAAUGAAGUUGUAAGGAAUGAAUUAAAGAAGCUGCCGGCGCUCCCGACACCAGCGCUGAAGGAGCAUCCCUCCCUCGCUUACUGUGAGGAUCGGGUCAUUGAACAUUACAAGAAACUAAAUGGACAGACAAGAGGUCAAGCAAUUGUGAAUUACAUGAGCAUUGUAGAAUCCCUCCCAACAUAUGGAGUGCAUUAUUACGCAGUAAAGGACAAGCAGGGAAUUCCUUGGUGGUUAGGACUUAGCUACAAGGGGAUUUUUCAAUAUGACUACCAUGACAAAGUGAAACCAAGAAAGAUCUUCCAAUGGAGGCAGCUGGAGAACCUCUAUUUCCGCGAGAAGAAGUUCUCGGUGGAGGUGCACGACCCGCGCAGGGCAUCUGUGACCAGGAGGACUUUCGGGCAUAGUGGCAUUGCUGUGCAUACGUGGUACGCCUGUCCAGCACUAAUAAAGUCUAUCUGGGCUAUGGCCAUUAGUCAACAUCAGUUCUACCUGGACAGAAAGCAAAGCAAGUCCAAGAUUCAUGCUGCGAGAAGCCUGAGCGAGAUUGCGAUUGACCUGACCGAAACUGGAACUCUCAAGACCUCAAAGCUGGCCAACAUGGGGAGUAAAGGCAAAAUUAUCAGCGGCAGCAGCGGGAGUCUUCUGUCAUCAGGUUCCCAAGAGUCAGACAGUUCUCAGUCUGCCAAGAAAGACAUGCUGGCUGCAUUGAAAUCCAGGCAAGAAGCUUUGGAAGAGACACUGCGCCAACGCUUGGAAGAGCUGAAGAAGCUCUGUCUCCGGGAAGCGGAGCUCACAGGAAAGCUGCCACGAGAAUACCCCCUGGAUCCUGGGGAGGAGCCGCCUAUUGUAAGGAGAAGAAUAGGAACUGCCUUUAAACUGGAUGAGCAGAAAAUCCUGCCUAAGGGAGAGGAGGCAGAGCUGGAGCGCCUGGAGAGGGAGUUUGCCAUUCAGUCCCAGAUCACAGAGGCUGCCCGGCGCCUGGCCAGUGACCCAAAUGUCAGCAAGAAGCUGAAGAAGCAGAGGAAGACAUCCUACCUGAAUGCACUGAAGAAACUGCAGGAGAUCGAGAACGCCAUCAAUGAGUAUCGCAUCAAGUCUGGGAAGAAGCCAACCCAGAGAGCAUCCCUGAUCAUAGAUGAAGGAAACAUUGCCAGUGAAGACAGCUCUCUCUCCGAUGCCCUUGUUCUCGAGGAUGAGGAUUCUCAGGUCACCAGCACAAUCUCCCCUCUCCAGUCCCCACACAAAGGACUCCCUCCCCGGCCCCCCCUGCACAACAGGCCUCCCCCUCCGCAGUCACUGGAAGGCCUCCGCCAGAUGCAUUACCACCGCAACGACUAUGACAAGUCCCCCAUCAAACCCAAGAUGUGGAGCGAGUCCUCCUUGGAUGAACCCUAUGAGAAGGUCAAGAAACGCUCCUCACACAGUCAUUCCAGCAGUCACAAGCGGUUCCCCAGCACCGGGAGCUGUGCCGAGGCGGGAGGGAGCAGCUCGCUGCAGAACAGCCCCAUCCGGAGCCUUCCCCACUGGAAUUCCCAGUCCAGCAUGCCGUCGACGCCGGAUCUACGGGUACGCAGUCCGCACUACGUCCACUCCACGCGGUCAGUAGACAUCAGCCCGACCAGACUGCACAGCUUAGCUCAGCACUUUAGACACCGGAGCUCCAGUUUGGAGUCGCAAGGCAAGCUCCUCGGCUCAGAAAAUGAGACAGGGAGCCCUGAUUUCUACACCCCAAGGACUCGUAGCAGUAACGGCUCUGACCCCAUGGACGACUGCUCUUCCUGCACCAGCCAUUCCAGCUCUGAGCACUACUACCCCGCUCAGAUGAACCCCAACUACUCCACCCUGGCAGAGGACUCCCCAUCGAAGGCCAGAGAGCGGCAGAGGCAAAGGCACAAAUCAGCGGGCAACCUGGUCUCUUCCAAUUCAGGGAGUAUGCCCAACCUGGCUGCGAGGAACGGGACGGGACACCACCGUGUCUACCUGCACAGCCAGAGCCAACCCUCCUCCCAGUACAGGAUCAAAGAAUAUCCCUUGUACAUCGAGGGCAGCUCCACACCCGUGGUGGUGCGGAGCCUGGAGAACGACCAGGAGGGACACUACAGCGUGAAAGCACAAUUCAAAACCUCCAACUCCUACACAGCGGGGGGGAUGUUUAAGGAGAACUGGCAUGGGGAUGAAGUGGACUCUGUCAGGCUCACCCCCUCCCGCUCCCAAAUCAUAAGGACUCCAUCUCUGGGCAGGGAGGGCCACGAGAAAGGCUCGGGUAGGACUGCGGUGUCGGACGAGCUGCGGCUCUGGUACCAGCGGUCCACGGCCUCCCACAAGGAGCACAGCCGCCUCUCGCACACGAGCUCCACCUCGUCGGACAGCAGCUCCCAGUACAGCACAUCUUCACAAAGCACCUUUGUGGCGCACAGCCGGGUCACGAGAAUGCCUCAGAUGUGUAAAGCAACAUCAGCUGCCUUACCUCACAGCCAGAGGAGUUCAACGCCAUCGAGUGAGCUGGCAGCCACGCCGCCGGGCAGCCCGCACCACAUCCUCGCGUGGCAGACCGGAGAAGCAACAGACAACUCACCCACUAUGGAUGAGUCUCAGUCUCCAACCCACCAAAGUACUGAUGAAUAGAGGAGCUACAACGAUAGCUGUUUCCUGGAUUCUCCCCUCUAUCCAGAAUUAGCAGAUGUCCAGUGGUAUGGGCAGGAAAAAGCCAAGCCUGGGACUCUAGUGUGAACCCCUGACCUCAAGUUGACCACAUCAAUGCCAUUCUGAGAUCACCUCACUGCCUCUCAUUUGCCUUACCCAGAUGCACUGUCACCCAGCACCAGCUUCCACUCCAAGCACUUUCCUCACGAUGCAAUUCAAGGCGACAUCCACACCACGCUGGCCCUGAGACAUCCACCACGGCAGGACCCUGCUGCCAGAGCAGCAGACGUGAUGAGCAGCCGUCCUAACAGGCAGUCAGCAACCUAAACGUUGCUUUGCCUUUGAAAUGGUGGAAGCCUUUCAAGGCUUACAGCGAAUCGUAUUGUUCUGCGGCAUGUAACAGCAGUAGGAUUUCCAUGACCUGCGAUCUGAAGCAUUAAAGUGGGGAUAAAAUGGGACAGAGGCUGAGAAAUGGAUAUGAGAGUCCUGAAAGUGUGUCUGUUAUGAAACAGUAAAACCUCGUCGCUUCAGAGAUGUGUCAGUCUCGCAGUCGGAUCUGCUCUGCCAAAGAUCACCGCGCCAACAUCAGCAGGAUGAGUUCACGCAGCAGGUUCCAGCUACAAGAACAUCUGUUUUAACUCGGUACAGACACAACCACCUCCUGUCAAACAGCAUUUCCUUCAUCGCUUUGAGCCCACCUAUGUGCAAAAUAACCCAUUGUGCUGAAGACACGCUGGAGGUCUGGGCUGGUAUCACAGCAUCGCUGUCCACAAGCUCCUGUUAGACUGGACAAACAAGGUUUACAAAGGCAUUAUCUAAAGCAGAGGCGAGUCCUGGGGCUGGCGCCGGUUGCACACCACUACAUGGAGAGGUUGGGUUGUGCUGGUUGGGUUUUAAUACUCUGAUAAAGAUACAAAUUGCCAAAAAAAAACCCUUUCUGCAAACAGAUACAGCCAGUAAAUCCUGAUCAGUUUCUGCACAAAGCAUUAAGGUGAAAUCGAAGGGAAAGCACACAGCAAUCUAACCGACACCUAAGGCUGCAUUAACGCAUCUGCUCCACUCCUCUCCCCUUCCCAAGCACCAGUGUAGCAAAGGGCUCGUCACCAGUGUGGGAGAACCGGUCCGUCGGGAAGAGCUCUCGGCAGUGGGGCUGAACACCCAGCAGCCGAGGCAGAUCCUCCCAGUGCAAGAAGCGACCACAAGAAAGAGAAGCAACCUCACUGAGGUGUUGGACGCCAGCGAGAGCUGCCUGCUGAUACCAAAAGGAAUCGUCAUGGAAGGAGCUGCAAGUUUACACGUACUUUUGAGCAAUGCUUUAUACACGUUCAAGCCAUGGAACUUUCAAAGGCCUCAAAGACACUUUUGUAACGAACAAGUGCACAAUCUGGGUGGAUGUUGAAGCUGGCACGUCUAGUCUUCACCGCGGUGCUAUGCUGUUUUUAUUGCCACUAGAUGGGGGGAGGCUCCCGGCUUUCCCCCGUUUGUGCGAUGAUUUCCUAUGGGAAAGGCAUUAAAAGAAACGGCUGGAGGGGGGUAACUUUUUGGUGAAAAGCAGAAACUGAAGUUAGCUUUAGUUAAAGGAAAAGAAGAAUUAAAGCGUGUGUGUGUCUGUGUGUGUGUGUGUUCCAAGAAUAACAACAGCGUCUACCAGACAAAGUAGGGCGAAAGGUUCAAAAUGAAACACCGCGACUUGGGGGGCUGCCACACCUUUUGGUAUUGAGAUUGCUGGAAAACUGCAUUCCAGGCUUGAAAAGAGAAUGGGUUCUGCAUAAUUGGGCUUGGAAAGACGAUGGGGUUUCCAUACAUUAACGCAAGCAGCUCACACAGUACUAGCAAUGGUCAGUGCUGUUCUCUGUGCAAGGCGGGGAAGCGGCCUCCUAUGGGCAGAAGGGCUGGUGUUUGUCCAGGGAAAUCCACAGGAAGGGAGCUGUCGUGUCCAUACAUGAAGCAUAAAUGAAUUAUCCCCCGGGAAAAACGAGGGAGCACAGUUUUCAUCCUGGUGAGGGGGUUUUAAAGGUGGCCAUUGGAAGCCUGAUGCUUCUGGGCCUCCAGGAAGCAUCAAACCCCCUCUGACAGUAAUUGAAGCCUCACAACCCGUUGCUGGAAGGACAGACAGCGGUGGGGUUGCACCCGUUAUCUGGACGUGCAAAAUCCAGUUCCACCAUCUCUUUGUGGCUUUGGGGUCUUUAACAUGGGAAUUAUUUCAAGCUCCUAAUUGGAUUUUUAGCAACGAGAUAGCACUGAUUAGUGACAUUUCCUGAUAAGAUUGGGUAGCUGAAGUGAAAGGAUUAACUAAGGACCAAAUUAAGCAGCAGCAAGUAAUUUAGCCCACGGAUUUUUUUAGGGGCUCUGAGCAACUGUCUGUUUUCUUUUUAAUUCCCCUGGUAAGUGGUUUUGGGGUUGAUGGUUUUCUCUUUUUUCUCUGUGUAGCUUCUUUUAAUUAAAAAGAAUUCAACAACAGCAGCACUAGGAGGCCUCUGGGCACUACAGGAAGAAACGUUAAUUCCUCCGAGACCAGCUCUGUAGUUUUGCAGCAAAGGUGAAAAGGUGGCAGCCCUGAAAUUAGGCAAAAAAGAAGAGAAAUCCAAUGGUUGGCCUGAAUUGCAGAUGGGGCUCGAGUCGACAAAAAAAAAUGCUUCCUAGAAACGGAUUGAGUUUUGCUUUGUGUUCUGCUUUUCUGUUUUGCAAUCGAGGCACACGUGAGCAGCCAGUCUGGUAGUAAAGACAGAUUAAAGUAAAACAGGUUUUACUGUUUAGCUCAAUUCAAUUAAACACAAAUGUACAUAAAAUGUUAAUCAGAUGAGAUUAACAUAUUUAAGUAUAACGCGGAGGGGUAUAUACAUAGCUAUUAUAGACAAGCACUUGACUACCAACUUAACCCCUCCUGUCCUUUUUUGUUUUCCAAGGCUCCAUCCGACAUAAAGCCACAAUCGCGUUCUGAGUCUACGUGUCCGAUGCUCAGCCGGGAGCUGCUCCCGCCCUGGGCCAUGCUGGAGGGAGGCAGGGUUUAUUUUUCCAUGAUCCUAUAUGCAGUCGAGUGUUGAAGAUGUUGAAACAGUCCCAUUUGUUUUCACUCUGUAUUAGUUUUAGUUUCAGGCAUAGCCGAUCCCCAUUCAGGUGCUAUCAGAUGACCAGUUACUGCUUAGUUAACUAGAUGUAAAGUUUUACAUAUAUAUUAAUGUCAAUAGUUUUAUUACGAGUUGUGUAAAAUGGACUCUCUAGUUUAAGAAAAAGAAGGAAAAAAUAAGGAAAAAAAAAAAAUUAGGUCUCUCCUGAAAUUGACUUUAGAGCAUGGAAAAUGAUUUGACUGGAUUCUGUUCAACUGUAAUCAAGGAAAAAAAACCUAUGUAUGUUGUAGAAAAAGUUGCAGAAUUAAAACAGAUCUGCUUUUAAUUUAUUCUUUUUGUAUUAAGAAUUUGUAUAGUUACCUUUACAUUUUGCAGAACGGUGUUGUCAACACUUGCUUAUUAAAGCAUUUUCAAAAUGAAA